AUGGGAAAGCCCAGGAAGCAGAAGGGAGUUUAAAUCUCUCAUUUGUCAACUUUAUUGCCUCUUUAUCGCUUCAAUUGGCCGGUAUAGCCAAAGACGGUACCCAAGGAACAUUUAUCUGGCAGAGUGAAGUCUUCUCCUUGCUUGUCCCCAUGCUAAUGGACGUGACGAACCCUCUGUCUCCAAGAGCUAACGCGUUCUCCAUCGCCUCGCUCAUGUCAGGACCCGGUGCGGAAGCAAUGUUCAUGGGUAUACCCCCUCUUGUCCCCCCUCAGAGGAGUACAGACUGUUACUUUGAUUGGAGCCAGGGAGGAACAUACCCGACUGUAAAGACAAUGGAAGCUUGUCUCCUCAACACAAACGCCGGCAGAGCGUUGUACGACGUCGCCAGGUACGAUGCACAGCAAGAGCACCAAGGCUGUCGUCUUUCUUCUCAUGAUGUGGACGUUAACAAAAAUGAACUGGAUUCGAACUCGGACAAAUGUGGCAGCCCUACGUCCUUGAAGUCUGAAUCCCCCAAGAAACCUCUACACCCCAAGUUAGCCAAUGUAUCCGUGCAGCUGGAGAUGAAGGCCUUGUGGGACGAAUUCGACGAACUCGGGACAGAAAUGAUUGUCACAAAGGCGGGACGACGGAUGUUCCCCACAUUCCAGGUCCGUCUGUUCGGCCUUGAUCCUAUGUCGGAUUUCAUGGUGAUGAUGGACUUUGUCCCCGUGGACGACAAGCGGUAUCGCUACUCCUUCCACAGUUCGAGCUGGGUGGUGGCCGGCAAGGCGGACCCCCACAUGCCGGGUCGGAUCCACGUGCACCCUGACUCCCCCGCCAAGGGCUCCCAGUGGAUGAAGCAGAUUGUGUCCUUUGACAAACUGAAGCUGACGAACAAUCUUUUGGAUGACAAUGGACAUAUAAUUCUGAACUCGAUGCACAAAUACCAGCCUCGCUUCCACGUGGUGUAUGUCAGUCCGAAGACGGAGGAGUCAUCAGCCACGGAGAACUUCAAGACGUUCAUCUUCCAGGAGACCAAGUUCAUGGCCGUUACUGCUUAUCAGAACCACAGGAUCACACAGCUGAAGAUUGCCAGUAAUCCAUUUGCCAAGGGGUUCAGAGACUGUGAUCCUAACGACUGUAUGGUUGAAGUCCUCUCACACCUGAACCCCUGUGCCUCCAGGGCCAGGUCUGUCCACAGACAAAACUCUCUGACAGUACUGGGCGGCGUGGGCAGGAAGAGAGGGCCAGAUGACAAAGGUGACUGUGUUGGUGAAGACAUCGGAUCCGUGGUAGGUCCUCCAGGCAUCAACCCCGGCCUCCACACGGGCCUCCAAUACAGCAGACCUACACAAAUGUACACAGACUGUUUUGCGUAUGCCCCAUAUAGCACGGACCCAUACAUGGCCACCAACAAGGCCCGUUCUAGCCCCUACUCACGUAAUAUGGACUAUUCCUCACCAGCAUAUGCCCCGAGAGUCAAGGGCAUCUACACGGGGCCUAACAACUUGAGCUAUGGCUUUGAGAACCGGUGAUAAUGUUAAAGUGUUUCUUGACUUGUCUGUGAAAACUGAGGGACUGAAGCUGACAGCUUCUUAUCAAACCUGUUCUACCUGGAGAAAGCUUGGGGGGAAUCACAUUCAGGUAUACAUGUGCAACAUUGUGUGAUAUAUAAUGGACAGAAUAUCACAGAACUGUCUUUACAACGUCACAUAUUAAGAACAGUUGAUUCAUGUUGAUUGAAGGAUUGGUGCAAUGACUGAUUCACAAUUGCAAUAUCCUGGCCUACAGUCAAGACCAAUGGUGCCCCAUUCAUUUUGGCGUCUUCACGAACUUCCAGUGUCCAAAGUAUGCUGGUAUUUGUUGCUUCUGAAAACUAAUUAAGUCCCAAGGAGGAUGUUUUUAAUUACAUCACUUUUGCUUAUACAACUAGACAGAAAGCUGUGAUUUAUUUCUUGUUCACAAACAGAACCUUACGUCAUAGUGAUAUGAAGAAGUGCUGCUAUCUUGCCCUGUGAUUACACAAAGUGGAUCUCGACCAUACGUAUGCCUUUCUCUCAGUGAUGACAAGCACACUGCAUCAUACUGUUAUGUCUAAUGGACAGUCACAGACAGAGAAAGGCCUCUACCUCUUCCAUGUUUAUAGACACUGAACAUACGUUUUAAACAGUUGAAGAGGUUUGCUUGUGUGAAUAUAGUAAACGUGUUUAUGAUGAAAGGUUAUUGUCUCAUAUUUAUUAUGCAUUUUACAAUAAAAAAUUGCUUCUAACA